GGCUUAAAAAGUGACAUGAUAAGGCAGCGUCUUUUCGUCGAAGAUAACCUAACAUUUGAUCAAGCGGUCAAGUUGGCAUGUGCAUUGGAGGCAGCGGAGCGUGAUGCGUCAGCAGUGGAGCUGUCGGCGGAAGGCGCGGGGGCGCACGCCGGCGGCGGGGUCCAGGAGGCGGGCGCCGUGCACGCGCUGGCUCCGUGGCCGCGUGGCGGAGGCAGGAGCGCGAGGGGGCCGGGGGCGCCGGGCGCGGCCCAGGCAGCUCACUGCCAGGCAUGUGGAGCGAAGAACCAUGUGUUCAAGGACUGCCGGUUCAAGAAGGCGGUGUGCAGCAAGUGUGGCAAGGAGGGCCAUUUGAGGCGCGUUUGCUCAGACUGGGCGGAGAACGCGGGGCGAACCUACAACCGCAGUAGUGGCGGUGGCUACAGCAAGGGGAAUAACAAUGGCAGAAGGGCGUUUCAUCAUCUGAAGGCUGAGGACACGUCCGACCAAGAAGAAUCAGAAAAUGACUUCUCGGAAGAAGAGAAUCUGAAUCAGCUGAGCUUAAGUGGCUACAGGCCGACAUAAGGAGUUGUUCAGCGGAGGACUGGGCAGGUUCACGGGUGGUGAGGUGGCGCUGCACGUGCGCGAGGGCACGGUGCCGGUGUUCUGCCGCGCGCGGCCGCUGCCCUACGCGCUGCGGGGGCGCGUGGACGCCGAGC